AUGCUCCAGCUGUCGCUCGUGUUCCUGGCCGCCGUCGUGGCCUCUGGUCUCGGGCUCCCCGGGCCCCACGUCUCCGGGGCGGCCGGGCCCUGCCUCGCCCCGCCGCAGUGGGAGGGCCGGUGGGUGCGCUACGACCACAGCACCGGGAGGAACAACCGCGCCUCGGUCUCCUACGACGGCCUGAACCAGAGGGUCCGAGUCCUGCAGCAGCUGAAGAAGCACAGCCCGUGUCAGAGGUUUUUUGAGUACAUCUACCUGUACCAGAGCAGCGUGAUGUUCCAGAUCGACCAGAAGACCAAAGACUGCUCUAAGAUCGCCCUGACGGAGAGCUGGGAUCCCUUCGACAUCCCGGACAACUCCACGUUCGAGGACCAGUACCUCAUCGGGGGCCCCGGGGACAGCGUGGAGGUUCAGGAGUGGUCGGACAGGAAGCCGGCUCGCAAACAUGAGACCUGGGUGGGCGUCUACACUUUGAAGGACUGUUAUCCCGUGCAGGAGACCUACGCCUGGAACAGCAGCGUCUCCACCUCCACCCGCUUCUUCAACCUCCAGCUGGGCAUCAGCGACCCCAACGUCUUCACCCCGCCCAGCACCUGUCAGUCAGCUCGGCCCGAGGGGAUGAGCGAGUCCGACUGCUGAGGGCAGUGUAUGGGUCCAUUACAAUUUGGGCUCAUGCACAUAAGCUAAUAUACAUAUUACAAAUAUCCUAGAAAUUGGACACUCAAAUAAAAUUGCAUUAAGUUAAUUCAUAGCAAGAAGGGAGUGGUCUCUCACGCAGCCUCUGUCCAGUGUUUCACAGAAUUGCUUGUUAACUUGUUAACAUUGUUAUUAGGGCCGAUAAUCAUGAUAACUGCAACCUAACGCACAGAUAAAACUAUCAGCUGAUUAUAAUUACUCAAUCACAGAAAUAAGCACAUGUGGAUGGCUCGAUUCAUUAACAUGUUAAUGAGACAUUAAUGUGAGGAAGAGAAGCUGCAUAUGUCCUGUGUCCUUCUACACUCUAGACCUAUAGCAACAUUAAUAAGAGCUGGACACAGACUGACCUGAGCUCGUCCAACGAUGAGCUUCAUCAGAAGGAAGGUUUGAAGUCAACUCUUAAAAGUAGAGAAGAUUCCACAGAAAAGCAUUAUUGUGAUCAGGCUUUAAAAUGAAUGUGUGUAGCUUGAGUCUUUCUUGUAUGUGUUUUGGGGGGAACUUGUAUUUAUACAACUAAACCAACACUGAACUAAUAAUAACUGUAAAGUAGGGUAUCAGUGGUCAUAAUCCUAAAUUAAAUUUGAUGAUUCUUGCAGAAACCUUGUGAAACAUGCAAAUAUAAUUCAAACAUUAAAAACAAAAAUUCCACCAAGAAA